AUGAGUAGCAAGCUUUGGGAGUUUUUCAUUCAAGAUGAUGUGGAGAGCUUCCACCGGUUCCUGGCGAACGCGACGUUCGCCGGACCGCGAGCUACAGGAGGGCCCGGAGGCCCCGCAGCUGCCGCGGCGGCGACAAUUCUGUCGGGCAAGACUGGAAGCCCCGGGUCAAUGAUCGACUCAUCUCCCAAUCCUUCGAAACAGAAGAAAGUAUACAGUCCCUCGCCUGGAACAUCCGCCCCCGAGAGACCGGCCUUCCAGAAAGGCAAUACCGCUCUGUCGCGCGCCGAUGUCAAUGCCCGCGAUCAUUAUGGUAGAACCCUCCUUCACCACGUUGCGUCAUCCCCGAAACCCACGGCCGCCAGCUUCGCGCGUGCACUGCUCGAGAUUCCGUUCCUAGAUAUCUAUGCGCAGGAUUGGGAGAGUGGAUGGACGGCUCUGCACCGUGCCCUCUACAUGGGAAAUGCCACGAUUGCCCAGGCGCUCAUGGCGCGUGACAUGCGCGAUGUGACGGACUUCAGCAAACUGGGCAGCGCAGGCCAUCCGAGUGGCAGUUUGAUCAAGAUUAAGGACCGGGAGGGCUACAGUCCUUUCGAUAUCUAUGGAGCGACCAUCACAUCGCGAGAUAUCAAACAGAUAACUUCGUCGGGGGGAGGGCCUGACUUGAUGAUUCCAUCAGCUGUGGAUAGCGAUGCCGGUUCCGAUGCUGCAUCCAACUAUGGAGACGACGGCGAGGACGAGCCCUACAUCACCCGGAGUAUCCUAAAGUCGCGGAGUGAUUUCUCCGCCGACGAAGUGUUCACCCUGGGCAGCAACAAAAAUUUGAACCUUGGACUUGGGGAUCAGGACGACCGCCAAUUCCCUGAACGUGUGGUAUUGAAGCGUCCGGAGCAUCUGCUCCAACGCUUCUACCGCGAAUAUGAGGAGAACAUGGAGCGUCUUGGUCUGGAGGAUACACUUGAUCACAGCAUCCCCGGAGAGCUGCCGACUUUAAUCAAGAACAAGCCAAUAAAAUUCCAGAAUGUGGUCAUGUCAAAGCUGCAUACUGCUAUCAUCACAGAUGAUCCCGAGGCCAACUUGUUUAUGUGCGGGUUUGGUCCCGGUGGCCGUUUGGGAACUGGCGAUGCGUCGACACGGUUUAGUUUCGUUUGCAUCGAGACCGGCGGUCUGGCUGGGAAGAAGGUCAUAUCUGUUGCUCUCGGCCAGGAUCACAGCUUAGCUAUCACCGAUCACGGUGAGAUCUUCAGUUGGGGAAGCAAUAAGUUCGGCCAACUUGGUUAUGGCCUUCCCAGAACGAACAACCAAAAUGAUGUUCCCAUUCAAACUACCCCGAGACAGAUCUUCAACCCUUUCAAAAAAGAAAUGAUUAUUGGAGCUGCGGCAUCCUCGAUUCACUCAGUUGUCUUCAGUGAUUCGGGCCUCUACACUUUUGGUAAGAAUGAGGGUCAACUGGGAUUGGUUGACUCUGAUGCACGCUCUCUUGAAGUCCAGACAACUCCUCGACGUGUUGGUGCCUCUCUCUUCAAGAGUCCAAUCCAAAUGGUCUCCGCUAUUGACCGUGCUACUGCCGUGCUUCUUCAGAACCACGAAGUAUGGGUCUUUUCGCAGUAUGGCUAUUCCAAGCUCUCGCUGCCACUGGAGUCCAGCUCCAGGUUCAUCAGGGAUAGCUUUAUGGCAACGAGAUACGACGGCUCGGUGAAUCGCGUGGUCAAGUUGGCAUGUGGUGGCAAUACAAUCUGUGCCUUGUCGAGCUCUGGCGAUGUCUUCACUGUCCAAGCCAACAAGGCCGAAGAGCCUUCAGCCUUGACAUCAACGACCAACCCGGCCAAAAUUCGCAAUUCUCUGGCCGCUCCCGUGAGGGCCUGGUCCGUCAAGAAAUCUCACAUGGCUGCCAGCGACGUUGAUGUGGGACAAGAUGGAUCCAUUAUCAUCUGCACGACCUCUGGCUCGGCCUGGAGAAAAGAAAAGCGGACCAAGAACAAGGAGGGCGCUUCGAAGGAAUACAAGUUUGCCCGCAUACCAGGCCUGUCGAGUGCUGUGGCCGUGCGCAGUAAUGCGUUCGGCGCAUAUGCAGUCGCUCAACGCGACUGUGACGUGACCCGAGAACAAGUUCAUAUUGAACCAAGUACUCUCUGGGAUGACUUGUUGCCGCUUUCACCGUUCAUGACCCCCGAGCCCGAUGAUGUGGAAAAUUUAAUCAUCACAGCGGAUGCUAUGGAAGAUCCUGUCGCAUUGUCUUCUGCAUCAACCAUCAAAAGAGCCAUCCUAGCCUCGUCGGAAAUGGAAGAUCAAUUCCUCUCCAUGCGCUCCGAGGGCACUGUCUGGGUGACUAGUUCCCUCUCGGAGGCACGAAUCCCAGCACACGAAUUUCUCUUGACCGGCCGCAGUCCUGUUUUUCGCAAAGCCCUGCAAGAAUUCCGGGAGUCAUAUUAUGCUUCGGUGCCUGAUGUUCUCGAUAUCGAAUACGGGAAGGAUGGGCAUACUCAAAUCCGUCUGCUAGGCGUCGAUUUCCUGACCGUUAUGAAUGUUGUCUUUUUCCUCUAUACGGACAGCAUCAUCGAUGUCUGGCAUAAAGCGAGGAGUUCGCCUGAAAAUGCCUCCCGUUACCGUCAGGUCCGCACGGAGGUUAUGAGAACGGCUACUCAACUUGGUCUGCCAACUCUGGAACGCGCAGCUCGUUUGAUGGUGGAGCCGGAGCCAAGUUUGAAGACUGACAUGGCACAUGCCAUUGACCACCCGUCUUUCUUCGAUGAUGCCGACGUGGUAAUUCAACUGAAUGGCGAUUUUGUUAAGGUCCACAGCCAAAUUGUGUGUCAGCGCUGCCCUUUCUUCGAUGCCCUUUUCAAUGGUCGAUCGGCUGGCAGCUGGCUCGCACAUCGUCGGAAGGAUCCUUCGGAGAGCGUACAUGUCGAUCUUAAGCACAUCGAUCGAUCGACGUUCGAUUUCGUCUUGCGCUACAUAUACACCGAUACGGAAGAGCAAUUAUUCGACCAAGUGCGGACUAAAAAUCUGAACGAUUUGAUUGACCUGCUUCUCGAUGUGAUGUAUGUCGCCAACGAGUUGAUGAUCGAUAGACUGUCGCAGAUCUGCCAAAAGAUUUUUGGUCGUUUCGUCAACACGCGCAACAUCUCUUACCUUCUCAACUCCAUCGCUCCCAUUUACGUGACCGAGUUUAAAGAGGCAUCCCUGGAGUACAUUUGUCUCAAUCUCGAAGCCAUGCUUACAAACAGAUUCCUGGAAGGGCUCGACGAGGAUCUCCUCAGCGAACUUGACGCGGUCUGCCAUGAGAACCAGCUAGCAUGCUUCCCUAUCUCUCGUGGGCGUAACUCAGAAGAGUAUGUCUUUGAGAAAUACCCGGAGAUCGUCAGCUCAGUGGAGAUGGACAAGCGACGUCGGAUCGAUGCAAUGGCUUUGCAAUCUCGACUUAGCCAAGUCGAGUCCUAUGAUGUACGGCCACGACAACCCAGCGAAAAGUCAGUGGCGACUACACCCGUGCGCAAGGGCAAGGCCAGCAUUUCCAGGGACUCGGCAAGCCUUGUUACGAGCCCUACAUUGAAACCAACACAAUCAACCGGUGACCUCAUGUUCCAAAUGGAUGAGGAAACUCCUCUUACCCCCGGUGACACAAUCAAGGGCAAGGCCAUGAUGCGCGGAAUGAAAUACGGAGGAACGCCAGAGAAUCGGUCCUAUCCCGAUUCUCCAGCGCUGGGUGCAAGUAUACCAGAGGCCGAGUCCCUUGAGGAUCGGGGCUUCUUGAAUGAGCAGAUGUCUUCACCGCGAGAUAUAGUACUUACUCAGUCUCCCACCGAAUCCCGAGCAAUCGCGAUGCAUCAAAAGCGUGGCAUGGCAUCACCGCCUGAUUCCUCAGCACCCUGGGGCUCUCCUGUCAUCUCAAACAACAAGAAGGACCUCAAAGACAUCAUGGGCGAAACUUCUCAAUCUCGGGUGUCGAACCUUACCUUGGGCAUGGAAGGACGACGCGAGGGCAGCGGUAACUUCAAGGUAUCACAAAAGGAGAGAAAAAAGAUGCAGCAGCAGCAGAUGCAAGAGAGACUUGCUGCGGAGGAAAAGGCAAAGGACGCUGCAAAGAACCCAUGGCAGCUACCUCCUCCAGCGACACCAGCAAAGCCCGACAAAGAUCCCCUCCCAGGGCAAAGCAGGCUCAGCUCACCAGAACCUGCAAAAACUGCCCAGAAACCUCCGAUGACUAUGCGCCAAACCGUGGCUGGAACACCUCCACCAAAGCCAAUGGCCACACCAGGACAAUCACAAAGCCGCAGCGUUUCUGCGAACAUGCAACCAUCUUCUUUAUCUAAGCCAUCACCCUCGGGACCUCCAAUACCAUUCCAGCAAACCUUUCCAAAGGCAUCACCCCAGCCCGCAGUCCAAUCUGUCCGUCACAUCCCACGUCCAGAGCCAUACCCAUCAGGGUUCCACUCCCCAUCCAGCGGCUCCCUCUCCUUGGCAACCAUCCUGCAGCAACAACAGAUCGAAAAGGAUGUCACUCGCGAGGCAGCUACAGCUAAGCAUAACUUGGAAGAGAUCCAGGCUGAGCAGGAGUUCCAGGCAUGGUGGGACCAAGAGAGCAAACGCGUGCAGGGCCUUCUUGACCCCGAACCCGAGCAGCGCAAUGGAAAAGCCGGGCGAGAUGGCAAGGCUUCUGGUGCUUCCGGAACCCCUCGUAAGCGCCGAGGAAAUAAAAAUGCCGGUGAUGGAGGUGGCACUCAGGCUCAGAAACAGGCCGCGCCUGCUCCGGCUCCGGCACCAUCCAGGCCUAAGAAGACUAUGAAUGCCCCGGCACAGCCGCGAAAUCCAGCUGGUAACCAGACUCCUAAUGAUAGUGCGAGCAAAAACGCACGUCGUGGAGGACACGGGAAUCGCGGCAAAGGCAAAGAAAAGACCUAA